AUGGCGGACAACUCCAGAUUUAUUGAGUACAUUGAUGAAGCUUUAGAAAAAUCUAAAGAAACAGAACUUUCUCACUUGCUUUUCACUCAUCAGGGGAUACCUUACCCUGUCACCAUGUGUACCUCGGAGACUUUCAAAGCCCUGGACACCUUUGAAGCCAGAAGCGAUGACAUUGUGCUCGCAUCUUAUCCAAAGUGUGGUUCCAACUGGAUUCUCCACAUUGUCAGUGAAUUAAUAUUUGCUGUAUCUAAAAAAAGGUAUGAAUAUCCAGAAUUCCCAGUUCUUGAAUGUGGAGACUCAGAAAAAUAUCAGAGAAUGAAGCAAUUCCCGUCACCAAGGAUUUUGGCAACUCACCUCCAUUAUGACAAAUUACCUGGGUCCAUCUUCAAAAAUAAAGCUAAGAUAUUGGUGAUAUUUCGAAACCCUAAAGAUACGGCUGUAUCUUUUUUCCAUUUCCACAACGAUGUCCCUGAUAUUCCGAGCUAUGGCUCUUGGGAUGAAUUCUUCAGACAGUUCAUGAAAGGACAAGUUUCUUGGGGAAGUUAUUUUGACUUUGCAAUUAAUUGGAAUAAACAUCUUGAUGAUGAAAAUAUUAAACUCAUAUUAUAUGAAGACCUGAAAGAGAAUCUGGCAGCUGGAAUAAAACGAAUCGCUGAGUUCUUCGGAUUCUCUCUAACUGGGGAGCAGAUUCAAACUAUCUCGGCCCAGAGCACUUUCCAAGCCAUGCGAGCCAAGGCUCAGGAAACACACGGGGCUGUUGGCCCGUUCCUGUUCCGCAAAGGUGAAGUUGGUGACUGGAAAAACUUGUUCAGUGAAGCUCAGAACCAAGAAAUGGAUGAAAAAUUCAAAGCGGUCUUAGCGGGCACUGUCCUAGGAGCAAAGCUGAAGUAUGAAUCGCACUGCCAGGCUUGAUUCUGGUCAGCUAAGCAAGCCUGGAAAUUUUAUUUUCCUUAAUAAUAGCUGAAUUUAAAC